GUGAAGGCCGCCAUUUUUCCUCCCGGAUAGCGAGUUACACAGCCCCGGGGCCGCCGAUAACUUUAUACGCGAGAAGCCAGACCGGACAGCUUCUCCGGGCUCUCGUGCAUACGAAUUUUUCGCUCCUCUCCACCCGGAUGAGCUCUAUUACCGAUUAGACCCCUUCUCCGGUCUACAUGCAUACGGGGCCAAGACACUUGUUUGGUGACAACAACUCCACACUCCAUGCAGAGACUAGACCAAACUACUUUCUCACAUUCCCUUCACGAUUCUCUUGAAGAGUCCGAGGUUGGUUUGAAGGGAAAGUGCUUCCUCGCCGAGGUGAUUUCACAUUAUGAUUGGAGAGGGAGGUGGGAAGAAACUGGAGUAACGGUCGGACUUGUAAACAGGUCUCACACAGAGAGUGUUUCGAGACGAGAUCUGAACCCACGGCUUCUCUUUGCAAAAUGUUGCAACUACUACAUGUUGCCUGAAAUGGAGGUGACCUUAUUGUUAAUCGUUGCAAUAUAAUUUUAAUUACACUAAAAGUAUCUUUUGUAGUCACCAUUUUAAAUAUCGUCGCCAUAAUUUUUUUCACACUAGAUUCGUCAUACCCACACACAUACUCGGACCAUCCUGUUACCUAACUGCGACCAAGCACCAGUACAUGACACUCAUUCCGGAUUUCCACUGCCAAUGGCAUCUUCCUCAUCCCCUCUCCCCCCUUGCCUUACAUGAUUCACCAGUGAUGACACACAGGCCGUGACUGGCACCCGAGGACACUGUCAUGUGACGUACACUGUAACUGGCCAGCAGCAAGUUUUGGAGUAAACAACCGGCUUAAUCUCUGUCACACACACACGUUCACAUAUGCACACACUAAAAGCUGCCCCCCCUGUCCUGUCACCUGCCGCUUCUAUCCAUGUUGGUCCCCACAGCGACAGGUGCCGGUCAAGAGACGACUGGCCACUCACAAACUUGUCACUCACUUGUCAAACCACUCACAAACUUGUGAUUAUUCACAACAAGGAUGGUGACUAGGGUAGUGAUGGCGGAGAGCAGCAGUAGCAGUCACGAACCUUUUUCUUUUUUCUCGAUGAAUGUGUGCGUGUGGUUGUUUUUUUUUUCGAUGUGUUUAGCUUUUCAGGUUAUUCCCCCUUCCAUUGUUUUGGGGUCAAGGGUUACAGAUAUACUUAGAGGUUGGAGGGGUAGUUGAGAGGUUUCUAGAUUGUGUGUUGACAUUGUCUGGAGUAUGUUUAUUUCAGUUGUUUGUGACCUGUGUGUUUAUACUGUGAACUGCUUAUGAUUAGAUAGUACGGGAUAGUCGGUGUGUUCAUAUUGUCCUGGGGUAGCUGUGUUUCGCUGUAUAUUAUGCAAUCAAAAGUGCACAGUGUCCGGGGUCUGUGUGUGUUUUUAUCUGUCACCCACCCUCCAUUCUACAUCCCUCCUCGUCCUUUCACCAACAACACCUGCAUGGGCCACGGAGUAGGUCCCUGUAGAUAUGAGGUUCUCAAUGUUAUCUUGCCGCCUGCAGAUGGCGCUGUUUGCACCAUUAGGUCGUUGUCCGCACCUCCUACAUCCGGGACAUUCCGACGUGACACCCAGCGCCCGAGACUCACGUUCGGUACACGUCCACGAGGACGGCUGUGUGGUUUCUGCUGUAAGUAUGGCUGGUUAGCUCUCCCACCUGCUUCUCCUAUCGACUUGUGACAGGGCAGCGUGUCACGAGGGCCGACGUCGCUGUGCAGUUCAACUGUCAGUCAAGAUGUCGACGAGGCAGCACGUGGUGGAGUUCUCCAAAUACGAGGCGGCCGGAAAUGACUUCAUCGCCAUCAACCGCCUCGCCACCGUCGGUCCACCCCUCACGCCCGCGCAGCUUCUGCGCAUGUGCAAUCGAAAGACCGGAAUCGGAGCCGAUGGCGUCAUUGAACUGCAUGGCAGCCCCGCGCCGGGCUGUCUUUAUUCUCUCAACUACUACAACUCGGAUGGCAACGAAGGCAGCCUGUGUGGAAACGGUUCGCGGUGCAGCCUGGCGUUCGCCGAGAGGUCGGGAUUGGUCGCUCUGACGUCACCGGAACAGGAAGUGACGUUCGAAGCCUGCGACGGUGUUCACUUGGGUGGCAUGCUUGCGCCUGGUUCCUAUUACGUUACAAUACGAGACGUAGAGGAGUCGGGUGUGCGGGUGUUGGGUGGCGACGGCGACAACUUCUUUGUGCACAACGGCUCCCCGCACCACGUCAGAUUUGUCGACGACGUCAACGACGUGGACGUGGUGUCGGUUGGGCGACGUCUGCGGUGGGAACUGUACGGACAGGAGGGAGCCAACAUCGAUUUCGUCACGUGCCAGACGAGUGACCCCUGCGACCUGGACCUGCGCACGUACGAACGUGGUGUGGAGGACGAGACCCUGGCCUGCGGGACGGGCGCGACUGCGUCAUCCAUGGCGGCGUACCUACGUCAUCGUUCGCAGCAUGACACCCAGGAGCGUGCGCACGAAAACUCGACCGUGACCACGUGCACGCGGGUGCACGCACGGGGUGGCGACCUCAUCGUGUCGUUCAUCUAUGAUGAUGGUGUUUUCCGAGAUAUUCGGCUCUGUGGACCUGUGAACCACGUCUUCGAUGGAAGGAUUGUUGUAUGACCUGUCAUUUUUUUUUUUGCGUGAAGGAAUGAAAAAGAUGGAUGAGAACGCAGUGAAGCGUGAAUUUCUCGCCGCUUGUUGGAAGGAGGCGCGUGCACUGUAGUGUCUAACAUCUAUGGCGGCAGAGAAAUGAGUGUUUGUGUCCGUCCUAGAUGCACUUCUGGGUCGGUCUCUUCCACUUUAACGCUCGUGCGCGUGUUCGGGCGGAAGCAAGGCGCUCUUGAUGGUCUCCUGGAUGCUCGGGAGGGUGAUGACUGAGUACUGGCUAGCUGUUACAGCUGAGACAUUAUGAGAAAGAAGGGAGUAAAGUUUUCUUUCCACAAACAUAUUAAAGGUAAGCUGAGCGCAGGAUUCAAUGAAACGAAGUAUGGUCUUCAGUAAUUUCUGGCACUGCUGUCCACCUUUGAGGAUUCAUCAACUUUUAUCAAUCUUUGUAGCAACAGCUACACUACACCACUGACCACCCUCACAUCUCUUCUGUAAAGUGAUGCUGAGGAAGCGAGGGAGCCGCAGUCCACAUUUCUUUUACCACAGAGUUGUCUGACUUGCUAAUAAGUAUAAACUGCAUAAAGUCCCCUGGACAGCAGUGACAAUGCUUCUUUGUCUUUGAGUAAUAAUUAUGGGUUCGAUUCUUAUUACA